AUGAUAGAUAAAACUUUCUACAAUGAUAAAAAGCCCCCUGUAGAAAUACAUGAUGAGCAAAAUGAUAAUAACAUAGAUUGUAUCACUAAAAAUGAAAAAAUGGAUCAUCAAACUUUAGAAAAUAAUAAUUACGAUAAAUCAGUAGAUAAAUUAUAUGAGAGUACUUGUGCUAAAAAUCAAUCCUAUAAUGAAUGUUCUGAAGCUAAUGAAAAAUCAGGAAUAAAUAAAAUUGAAUUUGAAGGCAUAAAUAAAAAUAGUAAUAAUAUGGAAUAUGAUAAAAUUCAAAAUAAAUCAAUAAAUGCUCAAAUAGGUGAAGAUAAUUUGGAUAAAGAUUUAUCUAAUGAAUCUAUUACCAAUGAGGAUAAGUUGGGUGAUGAGAAAAAAAUAUAUGAUAGCGAUAUUGCUAACGAAUCCGAAGAAAAUGAAAAUGACAAUCUAAGCUUAAGUGAAGAAAAUAAAAGUGAUGAACAUACAGUUAAAAUUGAGGAUGAUGAUAAUGAAGAAACUAAAGUGAAUUCUGAAACUAUAAUAAAAAAUAAUGAUUUAAAAAAUCGAUUUAAUGUUUUUAAAUUAGGUAAUAAUAAGAUUCAAUCAAUAAAAGCUUUAUGCCAAGAUUAUAAAAAUAAUUUAAAUAAACGCCUUAGAGAAAAACUACAAAAAUUCAAUUCAUUUAUAUAUUAUAAUAAUGAUAAUAAUUUUAUAGAUAAACAGAUAAAAGUUGGUUAUAUUAAUGAUGUUGAUAAAAUGGAUGCUUUAAAAAAUGAAAGAAUGUCUAGAUUGUUUUUAUAUAUUGAUGAUAUUAAUAAGUUACAAAAAACAUUAAAAGAUAAACAAAAUGGCAAUUUAAAUUUAUUAGAAGAUGAUAAAAAAGAUGAAUUUUAUGAUUCUAAUGAAAAUAUAGAAGACUUUUUUAUUUUUGAUCGUGCAAUUUCUAAUAUAAGUAAUGAUGUCGAUAGUAUGUUUACCGAAUGUGCAAAUUCCUCAUUUUUUAAAGAUGAUGCAAGUAGUGCCAAUUUAUUAGACGAAGGAAUAGGAAGAUCAAAUGAAGAAUGUAAUAUGCCCAACUUAUUUGGUAUUUUUUCUUUCAAAAAUCACUACAUGGUUAAUAUUAAUAAAAAUUUAUGUUCAAUUUAUGAUUCUACUCCUAUGAUUAUAAAAAAAUUUGCACAAAAAAUUAAUUCUUACAAUACCACGAAAAAAGAUAAUGUUAAUAGUGAUAAAGAUAAUAAUGACAAUACGCCAAAAAAUGCCCAUCUCCCUCCAGAACUUCGAGAUAAUCCAAAUUAUUACUAUGGAAAUUUUGUAUAUGGUCAAAAUGAAAACUUCGAUGCAUAUAUUCAAUUCCAUUGUGACAAAUGGCAAGAAAAUAUAUAUGACACUGUAGAAGUAAAUAGUCUGGAUUUGAAUUUUAAUAGACAAAGUUGCAAUAUAAUGUAA